AUGUUAUUAGUUGCCAAUUCGUGUUUACUCAAUGGUGUUUUUGCAAGUAUCCGGAUUGGUGCCAAUUCAUUUACAUUCAGCAAUGAUAUAAACGGAAUCGAAUAUCAGGAUUCAUUAUGUAUCUUCCGAGCUUAUAUUGCUGAUGGGAUAUGCUCUGCACUUAUUUUCUCGUUCUUAUUGCAAGCAGCUUAUCGAUAUGUUAUCGCUAUACAUCCACAUUGGUUAUUUUGGCAGAUUCCUCGUGUUCAAAUUGUAUUGAUAUGCUUGACAUGGCUGUUUGGGUUACUCUAUCCUUUAGAGUUUCUGCUCCGAGAUGAAAUUAUUUACAAUGCUGCCAAUCAGAUCUGUCAACUAUCUAUUCAACCAUCAUUUUCUAUUGUUUAUAUGGUAUCUUGUAUAUAUUUAAUCCCUAUUUCAUUGAUUGUUUUGAUAUACCUGGAACUGGUGCGAUAUGUGAGAAAAAUCAGAGAGCGCGUGGUAUCUACAAAUGUACUUUUGCGAGCACAGAGAGAAUUGAAAAUGGUUCGACAAAUUAUUCUUGUCAUAUCUGCCUUGCUUGUACUUGGCUUACCCUAUACAACUUUCAUCGUUAUGUCAUUUGUUACUGAACUUCCAAAAUAUCACUUUCGAAUUGCUCUUGUAUUUUUAGAUGCAUCUUUGGUAUUUAUUUGUGUUUCUUUGUUUUAUUUUAAUGAUCCAUUGAAAAUGUCAAUUCUGAAGCGGAUCGGACGCCGAAGAAAUAUGGUGACGACGAUAAUAGUGUUACGAGACGGUGUGAUGAUGUGA